CCAUUUAAAAAUAAAGAAAUGUGUCACUGAACUUAUGUUACAUUUUUAUACGGCUGGCCUAAUUUUUCUUGGAUCAGUUUUGAAGGAAAUUCCCUCACUCUCUGCUGCUUCAGUUCCCAAAGAACUGAUGACUGAAAAUGCUCAGAAUCCUAGUUUGUUCUACUUUCCCUGUCCCAGUGGAUGGUUCCAUUUUGGUGCAGACUGUUAUGGGUACAACAUAGAGGAACUUACAUGGUCUGAAGCUGAGGUUGAAUGUCAGUUGAUGGAUUAUGGAGCUCAUCUUGUGUCUAUCCUGAGUGCCAGAGAGGCAGACUUCAUUGGUGCAAUGCUACGAGCCAAAGAGAAGAGGAGCAUAUCUGUGUGGAUAGGCCUUCAUGAUCCAAUAGAGAACCAUCACUGGAAGUGGAGUGACAGUGGAAUCCCCAACUAUCAAGCCUGGGCUUCAGUAGCUGAUAUUCCUGACCAGUGUGAAAAGAAAUUAUGUGCAGCACUCCUUCCCAAAGCAGGCAGAAGAUUUACCUUGUGGGAGCCAUUUCCAUGUGAUGACAGAAAACCAUUUGUAUGCAAGUUCGAAUCAUGAAGGAAAGGGAGACAUUAAUUGUUAGUUUCUGGUGAACUUUCAAAGCAAACUUGCAUGACAAAAAUAGUGCAUUUAGCAACUAUGUUAACUUUUACCUAGGUAAACAAAUUUAAA